AUGGCCGACAGCAGACUGACAGAGGAAACACCGGUGGAUGCCGGGCAGCAAAAUAUCGGUUCGAGUGUGACUCGCACCGAUGAAAGGAGUGUAAACACCGACCAGAUACCCUCUCACGAAGUGACAUCCGACCUUCGAAGCGUCUUGGUUACGAGCGUUUUGAACUUAGAAAAACUCGACACAGACUUAUACAGGGGAAAGCACCACUGGGUACCCCGUACACAGCGUCUGUUUGGAGGUCAGAUUGUGGGACAGGCAUUGGUUGCUGCUGCCAAGUCUGUCAGUGAGAACGUCUUUGCCCAUUCCCUGCACUGUUACUUUGUACGAGCAGGAGACCCCAAGGUACCGGUGCUGUACCAGGUGGAUCGGACCCGGGAUGGACGGAGCUUUUCGGUGCGCUCCGUGAAGGCCAUCCAGCAUGGGCAGCCCAUUCUGAUCUGUCAGGCCUCCUUCCACAUGCAGCAGCCCAGUCCCCUGCAGCACCAGUUCACUAUGCCUACCGUGCCCCCUCCUGAAGACCUGCUGACAGUGGAGGAGCUCAUCCAGCAGUACCUAAGUAAUCCAAAUCUGGCUGAGAAUGCCAAGCAAGGGCUCAACAAGCUCUUGGCUGAUGAGGUUCCCAUAGAGAUCAAACCAGUGAACCCACCAGAUUUUUCCAGACGUGUUGCCAUGGAACCAAAGAAGCUGUUCUGGGUUCGUGCCAGAGGGCAUAUCGGUGAAGGAAACAUGAAGCUGCACUGCUGCGUUGCUGCCUAUGUUUCAGACUACUCCUUCCUGGGCACAGCGCUGCUUCCUUACCCAAACCACCGGGCUCAGUUCUCGGCAUCCCUGGACCACGCCAUGUGGUUCCACAGCACGUUCCGAGCAGACCACUGGAUGCUGUACGAAUGUGAUAGCCCAUGGGCGGGGGGCAGCAGAGGAUUGGUUCAGGGCCGGCUGUGGAGACAAGACGGGGUGCUGGCUGCCUCCUGUGCGCAAGAGGGGGUGCUGAGAGUCCGUGCCUUGACAGAGAGUAAACUGUAGAAGCAGACUGACAGAUACCGUGGGCUCCGUGCAGGUGCAGAGGUCAGGCUCGGCAGGAUUUGUGAUCAGAAUGCACUAUGUCACCAUGUGAAGGAGAGCCUUCACCACCUCUCCCUUGAACCGCAGCCUGCAUCCGGAUACUCAUACUUCCAUACUAUAUAGUAUGCAAAAAGCAGUGCGUCACAAUCCGUAGGGUGUCCGAAUACUUAGUAGGCAUUUAAUAGUAGUCAAAUGGUACCCGGAUGACCUACUACUUCCGUUGAAAUUUUGAAGUAUGCAAAUGUACCACACUAGGCUAUCCCAUAAGUCAGCUGGAGCCCGAAUAACCGAAGAAGAAGAAUUCCCCAGGAAAAAAAGAAAGAAGAUGGUGGUGUUGUCAACUUGGUUAAGCUAAAAAAUCAAUUGGCUUGUUACAUAACGUUAGCUUUUCGUUUUACCUCAGGUUGACAGUCAGCUAAGUAAAGCAGACUGAUUUUUAAAACAUGUAAACA